AUGAACUCCCACUCCCACAUCCAAAAACAAAAAACACCCCAACAGUGUCCAAAUAACAAAGUUUACAAGAUCGUUGCAGUUUUGGCCAUCCAGAACAAAUAUACACGUUAUGUGGGCGAAGGCAUGUUCAAAGCAUUUAAUUCAACAAACUGUUUUAAAACUAAACUUGCCUAUACCAAUAAUGAUCCCUAUGUCGAGUUCGAAACCGUCCAUAAAUUCAUCACGCAAAAGUAUGAUGGUAUUAUGAUUCAGCCGGUCUCGCCAGAAUCGGCACAGUAUUGUGGUCUAUUAGCCAAAUAUAGUUCGGUUCUAUUUGGCAAUCUAGUAUGGAUACCUAAUUUCAAUGGUAAACCGUAUUUCAAUUUUGUUGCAACGGUAGAUGCAGUAAAAAUUGGUAAUAUACUCGGUGGUUAUUUAAUUGACUACGUCAACAGUGGUAAAGUAAUCGUUAUCCAAGGCAUUAUUGGUGAACGAUUUUCGAGUGUCGUGAAUCAAGCAUUUCUUGCAAAAAUAAAUAACACCGGUCUAACUGUUGCUGUUAAUAGUCAAGGUUUUUAUGACCAAAAUAUAACGAUACCGGUCAUUGCACAAGCAUUAAGUGGUAAUCCAGAUACGAAAGCCAUUGUUACAUUUUCCGGUGAAAUGGGCAAUGGUGUUGCCAUUUAUCUAAAACAAAAUGGAAUUAAAAAUAUCGUUCAUAUAUCAGUUGAUUGCAAUGUAGAACUUGCUGAAUACAUACGUGAAAAUAUAUAUGUUAGAGCAACAGCAUAUUAUUCGGGCGCUCAAACGAGUCUUCUGAUUGGAGAACAACUGAAAGCAAAACUACUAUCUGGUAAAGCAAACUAUCAAAACACCAUUCAAGUGAGUCUGGUAACAAAAUCAAACUUAGACGACAUACUUCAACAAGAUCCAUUUGAAUACAAUGCAUUUGUAAAUCGUAUACCAUAUUAA